AUGGUCGACCUAGAUCUUCGUCUCCAUCCGGCCCUGUCGAUCAAGCGCUUACCCGGGAGAUUCUCUCUGGCCGUGCGCAAUACAAGUAUCAAAUCAUCGUGUUUGCCUGUUUUCGUUCUUUAUCUUUUCUUUACAGGGACGAUGACAAUGGGUUUAGGUCACUCAACCAUGAGCUGCUCGCGAUGCUUUGGCGGGGCAGCUCUGGCGACGGCGAAUUCGAGCGCGCGAUCGGCUUCUACAACCGAGGAUUCCUGCGCCAGCGCCUCCAGCAUCUCAUCGGCCGUCGAAUCCUUCGCCGAGGUCUCGUCCUGCGGCGCCAAGAACCGGCGCCGGGACUCGCUCUUGAGGGAUUCAGACGUGGAAGCGUCAUCGCAGGGUCCUAGGCGCACGAGAAUGCGAUUAUCGGGCACGAGCGCAAGAAAUUCCAGCGCGAGAGCGGUUUCGAUCCAGGCCGACGGCGGAGGAGCCUACAUUCCCCCGCCGCUUCCGAAGAACAACGAUCUUGAGGAAUGACGUGACCGCUACCAGGAACGCGUCUCUAAUUUCUCUUUUGCGUGUUGUAGUUCCAUUUGAUCUUUGACCAAAUAUUUUUUCUUGUGAAA